AUGACAAACUCACAGUCAGCGAAUUCUACGACAAAAAGGGAGGAAAUUGAAGUAACCUCAUUUUCCUCUACCGAUUCAAAUCGUGGUCAAAUAGUAGCACUUGCGGUUAAAGAAGCUUGUGCUGUUGCGAGCUUAGGAAGAAAUCAUCAAGAUUGGGAUGCCGCUUGUAAACUCAUUUCACAAAAUAAAUCGCUCACAAACAAUGAAAAAAGAGCCAUUAUUACUCUCAUAUAUG